CACGGCGCGCGCGCUUCCGGCGCCAGAAGCCGAGUUGGGGGGAGAAAGGGGCCCAUCGGUGUUGCGAGCAUUUCGUUUCCGUGGGUGCUAUGAGGUUCCGGGCCAAGAUUGUGGAUUUAGGCUGCUUGAAUCACUUCACCCGUGUCAGCAGCACCAUCUCUAAGCUGGCCAAGACAUGCACGCUGCGCCUCAGUCCGCACAAGCUUUACUUCAUCCUGUCCGACAAGGUGGCCAAUGGCGGAGUCAGCAUGUGGUGCGAGCUGGCCCAGGGCAAUUUCUUUGACGAAUUUCAAAUGGAAGGAGUCUCGGCGGAUUACAAUGAAAUCUAUUUGGAGCUGAUGCCGGAAAACUUAUCUAGAGCCUUGAAAACGGCCCAGAAUGCCAAAACAGUGAAGAUCAAACUGACCAACAAGCACUGCCCCUGCCUCACCGUGGCCGUGGAGCUGCCAUCUUUGUCAAGCAGUAGUCGCAUUGUAACACAUGACAUCCCUGUAGGGGUUAUUCCCAGAAAAUUAUGGACUGAUUUCCGGGAGCCUGUUCUACCAGAAUUUGAUGUUAGUAUAUAUUUACCAGUUCUGAAAACUAUGAAGAGUAUAGUGGAAAGAAUGAAAAAUAUCAGCAAUCAUAUUGUUGUUGAAGCAAAUCUAAAAGGAGACAUGAACUUGAAAAUACAAACUGAUUUAGUAUGCAUUACAACACAUUUUAAACAUCUUGCAAAUCCUUCAUGGGCCCUUGAAGAUAUUUCUCAAGAUAGAGACUUAGAGGCCAUGGUUGAAGCACGAAUUGAUAUUAAGAAGCUUCUACAGUUUCUUGCAGGACAGCAAGUAAACACAACAAAAGUAUUAUGUAAUAUUGUGCAAAACCGGAUUGUUCACUUUAUUUUGCUACAUGAUGAGGUUUCCCUUCAGUAUUUCAUUCCUGCAUUGUCAUAAGAAUUCACCUGUUAAAGAGUUUUUGCCGAUCUAAGACCUUUUCUAUCAAAAUGAAAAAAGAUGAUGGGAUGGUGUGUUUUAAGCCUUUGGGCUUUAUCCUCACUAUGGUAUACAUCAUGUAAAAGCAACUUCUUUUUUUUCUUUUAUAAUAUAUUCAUAGGAUGUAUAUUAAUGAAACAAUUGGAUAAACUAUAUCUUUGUUUUUAUUGUAGUUUAUUAUGGUUUUACCUUUAGGAAAUUGAAAAGGUUAAUUAUAAUUUUGGGUAUUGAAUUUUAACUUUUUUGAUUGCUAUUAAAUGAAAAUUGUAGCAAACAUUAUGCAUACAUAUACAUCACAAGUUUAGAAGAACAUCUCAGCAUUAUUUAAGAGGGCACUUUUUGGUGAAGAUAGUAAUGUUUCUGUAAGACAUUCAUCACUUCCUAAAGCAGACAUCAAAAGAUUAAAAUCUGGUUAUGCACCUAUCUCUUUGUGGGAAUGGUGGAAUAGAAGGGAGAAAAAUCAUUUUCUAUUUCUGUGCUGUUCCUGGGGAAGGAAGGUGUUGCUAGGAAUGAUGCUCUGGGUUACCAUAAAUAAGUACUAGAGCUAAUCAUCAAAGUAUUCCUGAACCUGAGUCUGGUAAAGUUAAUCCUUUAUCUAGGAUUUUCACUUGAGAAGGUUUCUUCUUGUGUUUGUUGCCUUGAAUGAAGAGACCAUUUUACAUUUUGUUUUUUAAAUUUUUCCUGAAAUAAGUACUACAAAGACUCCAUGAAUUUUAUACAAGUUGUAAGGCUUCUCUAACUAUUGCAUUUUUUUUUUAAACAAAUAAUGAGUAUGUAGUUUGUAGCAUGAAUUUUUAAAAAAAUUUCAUUAGCUCAUUUUUCUUUGGAAGUUUCUUUUGGAAGUUUAGAAGAAAAAACUAUUUCAAAAUAAUACUUAGGUUUCCAAAUUUUAAUUUGUCUUUACAUAUCUAAAUUUGGAACAGGUACUGAUUGGUAAGUUUUCUCAUUUACUCUGACAUCAUUUAUUAAAUUUCCCUUUACACUUUAGUCUCAGGGACUCUGUACUGAAAUUGUGGAUGAUUUAAGAAAUAGAAUAUUACUUAUAUUUAUCUUUCAUACCAAUUUGAAGAAUAUGAAAAAAAAAUUGAUUCAACUGUCAAAUGCAAUAUAUAAAUGAGAUUUCAGCAAAAAAUUAAAACAUUGCUUCUUAUUGUUUUAUAUCAUUUUACCAGAUCUUGGCAGCACCAGUUAAUUUUACAGUAUUUGAUAAUCUAUUAAACAAACACCUUGAAUUUAACAAGAUCCUUUUAUUCAGUUUUUUCCCUUGCAGUUCUGUCCUCAUAUAGAAAUCUAAAAUUACACUAUAAAAAUGUGUCUGAAAGACUUUAUAAAUUUGUUAGCUUUUUUCAAGAAUUGAGUGUUUAUAGAUUUUAACAAGUUUCAGAAAGAUUUAAGUCAAUAAGUAAAUGUAAAAGAUAUUUGUAAAACUUUAUUUUUUUUAAUAAAAAUUUCUACUUGUAAAACAGACUGAAAUUUUCUAAUUAAUAUUGCCUAAAAUGUAAUUUCCUUCCCCUUUCAAACAUAAAAAUUUUGAAGUAUCAUGUGACAGUCCCAGAAUUGAAAUGUUUUAUUAGGAAGAAGCUUUACAGAGCAUAGAAUUUUAGAGUUUUUGAGUUUCAUUCAUAUGGAAUCUGACCCCUCCUUAUUUUAGCAUGAGUAUAUAAAUCCAGUGGGCCAAAGUAACUUGAUCAUAGUUAUCUUACUUGUUAUUUUAAAUAGAGCUGAGACUAGAACUCAGACCUCAUGACUUGCAGUGUCUCUAAAAUAUCUUAAGAUUUGCUUAUAAACUUAUUUCCUUGCAUAAUUAUUUGACCAAAUUGUAGAGGUUCAUAUUUAUUUCAAUUUGGGUUGAGUUUUUCUUUUUUCACCUUUAGGAAUGUCCAACUUAAAAACAAUUAGCUAGUUUUCAGCAAUACAAUGAUUAUCAAAGACAAUCCCAAAGGACUAAUGA